AUGAAUUCACCUGUAGAAAAUAAAAUGAUGAUAAAAGAACUCCCUAAAAAUGAUACGAACUGUGAAUCUGCAAACACUGUCGUAUUAAAUAAUGGUUUAUCUUUGAAAGAAGCUUUUGAAUGCACUAAUUCUUUGUUUUCAAAACUAAAGUCCACUGAACCAAUCGGGGAUAUUACAGAAAAGGGUGGUGGUUACGACGUUCCCACUGAUGCUUCAGUUGUAAGUAACAUUGCACCAAAGGAUUCUAGCUCAUUGUCGUCUGAGUUUUGUACAAACUCACUAGCUAUACAAAACUUUGCCAAGGUUAAUAACUCUUUUCAAACUGGUACAGAAUCAGAAAAAGAAUUAUUUUUCGAAACCGUGACAAAUCAGAGUGAUUUGGAAAAUAAACCGGAUAAUUUUGAAAUAAAUGAAUGCACCAAUGUACAGGCUGAUGAAUCAGAAAAUAUUAUGGUUCUUGAACGUCAAAAAGUAACUGGAUGUAUUCUCCAAAAGUGA